AUGCCCGACGGGUCCUGGAUCGCUAGCGACAAUGAUACGCUUAGAUUUUGCUGGUCGUUAGAUUUGAAGAGGCUUUCCCCUUCAUUGGCGGAUAGUGUCAUCCUCGGGCCCAAAUUUGGAUCGGUCUUCCAAUCGUUUUCCGACCUCAACACAUCAUCCGGAACUGGGAGGAUUUGGGACUCCUACCACACCGUCGCAGAUGACGCGAGAUCAAGAGUUACGAUGCAAAACUUUCUUCAAAGGCUCAGCGAUAUCCAGGAGCAAUUGGACCCAGGGAAGAAUCGUAUCGAAGUGGCAGAAUGGAGCAACUUCAUUAUUAAUAGCCGGUUUGAUGACUCCGGCCGCACAGGUUUUCAGAACGUUACAUCUAUCUACUCGACUUCCGAACAACCGUCCCAGGGAAAACUCGAGUUCCCACUAGUCAUCAACGGGUGGCAGUUUCUCGGCGUAAAACAAAACUUGUCAACGAAUCCGAAGGAAUUGGUCUUAGUUACAUACCAAGGAGAGCCAGAGCAAGACACCACAAGUUUUACAGCCCAAUUUCUCAAAGCCGACUUCCACCUUGACCCUUCAGUCUCCUCCGGGCCAGAGGUCGUCCCAUACAAUUCAACGGUGUGGUACAACGGGACUAGAAUAGCCCUGCGGGCGCCCUUCCUGGAUCUAGGGUCCAAGAGUUGUUCGUGGUCGCACCCACUGCUAGGAGAGUGCAUCUGCUACGACGGUAGGCCGUUGACCGAAGAUUUCAGGCUUGACGCCAACAAACUCUGCAUCGGCGGCGACAGGUAUAUGUGGGGAUUCUCACGAACACUCAUAUUCAUUGGUCUUUCCCUGGAAGUUAUAUGGUGUUUCGUUUGCCUCAUUCUACUCUUUUUAUCGACACAGCAGAGCAGCCUCGUAAGGCACGGUAGACCGACGGCGGGCGUCACCAGAACCAUUCUCGACCUAUCUGAAGCCUUGAAUCGGGACCUCGGACCAGACACUUCGUGGCACACGGAGAGCCAGUUGAAGAAGGGGCUUUUGAGGCACCGGCCCGUUGGCUAUACAAUUUGGGACAAGGGCAACGUAACAGGCCAUAUCGGGCUUGUCCCCCUAGCAGAAGGAGAAUCUGCAAAAAGAAGACUGAAAGUCGAAGACUUUAAGACAUGUUGA